GGAAGGGUAGCGCGAAAUCUCAGAAUGAACAGUUUCAAUUCAUUCAUCGGCGAUUAGAGUAGCAAAGCAGCCCAAUCGGGAGGGAAAGUCACCAAGGCUUUUUCGGGCAGAAGUGAUGAACACUUCAGAUUCUUCAAUACGACCUAACAGCAAUAUGCGGAUCUCGGAGAAGCCACGGCAGAACCAGAAGCCUCCUUUCAGGCCAGCAAAGGACGACACCAAGCCUGUGCUUCAAGACCCAAUACUGAGGUCUGAUCCUAUUGAGACCGAGGAAGCUGUGCUGCGAUUGCCUCCCUUCUCGAUCCCCGGAUCAACUACUCCAUCCAAAAUGACAUGAACAUAUAAUUUCUCUCUUUUCUGUUUUGAUAUCUUUCAUUGACGUCCUUGUCGUAACCUCUUCCCUUCUCAUUUCUCACUUCUAGUUUUGGCUCGUCAGAUGAGCUUUUCUGAAAAUCUUAACUUUUAAAGAUUGUAAUUUCUUGUACAAGACUGUUGCCAACUGAAUUUAUGUUCUUGGUGUGAUACUUGCUUUCAAAUGCAUUUUUCCGCUUACAAAUUAUGCUUGAUUUUGGUUUGGUUUA